AUGGAUUCCUUUCCUGACGUACAGGAACAUGAAUCCUGUGCAAAGAGGAUCAAACUUGAUCUCGGGGAGUCUAAUAUUGGUGAAUUGUGCAAAGGCGAAGGAUUUUCAUGUUUUUCCACGACACCAACGGGGCCGAUUGACAUUUCUGAAGGUACAUCGGCCGACUGCGACUCCGGCUACGGGGCCUCCACCGUGGCGACGCCGGUGCACCACGCGUCGCCGCGCACCGACCCCGGCGACGUCCACGAGAGCCUCUCCACCAUCUCGGAGCCGUUCCUGCGGACGCCCGACCAGCCCGACACCUCGCAGGACAGCCUCGAGGAGAUCGACGACGACAACGACAACGCCUCCACCGUCAGCGAGCUCAGCGGCCUCUCCGAACUCUCCGGACAGGACUGGAAACCCAUGGCUGGCAGCAUGAUCUGGAUUCAGCAGCAAAUGGCUAAAGGUAUAAACCCGAGGUCGAUAUUGGCGGAUUUGGGAGUGGACGGUGACCAAAUACCCAACUACGUAAACGACGUGACGUUAUGGAAGCUGAUAAUCAACAUGCUAUCGGAACCGCCUCGAAGGAACAAGUUGAGGCACGUGAAUACAUUGGACGAUGUCGCGCGAUUAAUGAAAGGUGCACAGAAUAUAAUAGUAUUAACGGGAGCCGGCGUAUCGGUGUCCUGCGGCAUUCCGGAUUUCCGAUCGAGGGACGGCAUUUAUUCCAGAUUAGCGAUAGAUUUCCCGAAUCUGCCCGAUCCGCAGGCGAUGUUCGACAUCAGCUUCUUCAGCCAAGACCCAAGGCCGUUCUUCAAAUUCGCCAGGGACAUUUAUCCCGGCAAAUUCCAGCCCAGCCCUUGUCACAGGUUCAUCAAGCUGUUGGAGAAGCACAAGAAGCUGUUGCGCAACUACACGCAGAACAUCGACACGUUGGAGAAGGAGGCGAACAUCGAUAGGGUGAUCGAGUGUCACGGUUCGUUCGCGACGGCGACGUGCACGAAGUGCAACAACAAGGUGACCUGCGACAGGAUCAGGGACAUCGUGCUGGCGCAGAAGAUACCGCUGUGCGAGCUGUGCCAUCCGGGCGACGAGAGUUCCGCGUCGACCGACGACGUCAAAUUCAACGGCGACGCGACGGAUUAUAGGGAAUUGGUCGCUUCAGGUAUAAUGAAGCCGGAUAUCGUGUUCUUCGGCGAAGGUCUUCCCGAUACGUUCCACGAGGCGAUGACGGAGGAUAAGUCCGUUUGCGAUCUGUUAUUGGUGAUCGGUAGUUCGUUGAAAGUGCGACCGGUCGCUCUGAUACCGAGCAGUUUGCCCGCCCACGUGCCCCAGAUACUCAUCAACAGGGAGCCGUUGUCCCAUUGUCGCUUCGACGUCGAAUUGCUCGGCGAUUGCGACGUUAUUAUCAAUCAUUUGUGUCGAUUAUUAGGUAAUAAAUGGGAGGAAGGUAUCUAUUCGCCGCAGGUCCUCCAGCGGGCCGAUACUUUGCUGCCGCUGGAAGAGCCGCCUCCCGUCGACAAGUUCCGCGAGCCCGAGAUCGAUGCGGCGGCGAUGUGCACGUGCCAAUCGAGCAACGGCGAUUUCGCGUCGGCGCUGUGCACGUGCUUCAAUUACAAGUCGAUAGGCAAGGAGCGGCACAUGAGCAUCGAUUCGGCGAAGGAUUCGGGCAUCGGCGAGAAUUCGAAUUUCACCGACAAGUACGACGAAUCGGACGAGAAUUGCGAGGAGAAGAGCAGCAGCUUUUGCUUGGAGAUCGCCAGCGAACCGGCCACGUCGAUGACUGUUAAUAAGGUGUCGUCGUCGGAGGGUUAUCGGAAGAAUUCGUCCGAUUUGAGGGGAUAUUGGGAGCCUAAGGUCAAGAAAAGCUUAGCCGAGAGGUUACCUGCCAAUACUUUCCAUCUGGUGCCUCCGAGCAGGUACAUCUUCCCCGGAGCGGAGGUUUACUACGAUCCGGACGAGAAGUUGCAUUACGAAGGGAUAUCCUCGAAUUCGGAUUCGGAGAGCGAUACCGAAUUAGGUAAUCGGAUCGGGUCGUAG